AUGGCUGUGCCGAAAAAAAGAAGAAGCUUAAGUAAAUGUAGAAAAAGAAGAAAUACAAUUUUUUUUGACAAACUCGUUGGGAAUUGGCUAAAACGGAGGGAGUGGUUUUUCAGGAACGACUACCAAAAGGAAAUUUUACCCAUACAGCAGGAACCGCAUGUGUUUAAAUUCCCGGGUUUCUGGCCAAACAAAUUCGUCCACCAAGUGUCUUCUCAAAUUAAAAAAAUCGUCAAGUAGUAAACUGCACAGGGGAAGACGAAGUCACCUCACCUUUGGAACAAAACAUUAUUGCAAAGGGGGCAGAACGUCCCCACCGUUGCAACUUGAUAGUGAUACCCCUGCAGCGAAUACUCACCUUCAGAUAAGUACAUCCAAUAUGAAAGUGGCCAGACAGCUUUUCAUUUUUAGUCAUAAGAGAUUUUUGGGAAAUAUUGUUAGGGGGCCCCAACCGAAGGAGAUCGCCAAGAACGUAGAAUAUGCAAUGGACCUCCUUCAUAAAAAGUCGUACACUUAUCAGGACUUCAAGCAGAAGUGUGAAUCGCUACGAAUAUUUGUUUACUUCGGAUUGGUGGGCGUGUUGUCCGUGGACCUUUUAAUAAACCCCUUGAAGUCUUCCUACUGGGAUCGUUUUUUCCCCCUGAACAUGUUCACAAGUUUUUCUCACUUUUUCAAGAAUAGCGAAGAUGAUAUUUUCCGGCACAACGGGAGUGCCUCCUACGAGCAGUAUGUGCGGCUCAUUCGGUAG